UACACAGACACAUGUACAUACACACAGACACAUGUACAUACAUACAAAGACACAUAUACACACAGACACAUGUACGUACAUACACAUAAACACACACACACAACACACAUGUACAUACACGCAGACACAUGUACAGAUACACACAUGUACAUACACACAGACAUAUGUACAUGCAUGCACAGACACACACAAACACACACACAUGUACACGUACACACACACACCCAUAAAAAGUUGCAGUACUUCGUUGUUCACGCACAGAGCCGGGUACUGCACUCUAGGGGGAGGCAGAGAGCACAGCACGCACUCCUUCCUUUGCUUUCACUGCGCUCAGUUAUUGAGCAGUCUGAUGGCUCUCAUUGCCAAUGACAGAUCCGGCCUGAGCUCCGAGCCUGCUCAGCAAGAUGGCCCUGGGGGACACACUCGCCCCCACCAUAAUUUCCACUCGCCAUUGGCGAGCUGGCGAGUGGAAAUUUCAAGCCCUGGCCAUAAGCAUUCCUUU